AUGGAGGGAAUGAACUAUGAAGAAAACUGUGAAGAGUCGGAGAUUCUGAGGGAUUUACUUACUCCUGAUGGUUUAGGUUUGGCUAAAAUAGAGCAGAAAGCUACAAGAGGGGAAAACCUAGCAGAGAACACAAAGAAUUGUGUCAGUCGGAGCCUGGCCACAGGAGAAGUCCUCUCCAUGGCGGACAUGGCCACAGGAGUAAAGCGUGGAAUAAUUUACUGGCUAUUUGGUGGCGCAGUCAGGAAUCUUGGAAGCCCGGGACAUGUGACUAAGUGGCUUCAGCCACUCCAGGGACAGAAAUCCACUGGGAUGUUCGCAGUGACCGAGAGGGGCCACGGGAGCGACGUGAGAGGGAUCCAGACCCAAGCCACCUUUGACCUCUCUGCGCAGGAGUUCGUAAUUGACACGCCGUGUGAAAAUGCUGAGAAGAUGUUCGUCGGAAAUGCGAUGCAUGGGAAUUACGCGGCCGUGUUUGCUCAGCUCAUCAUAAAUGGAAGGUCUCAAGGGCCCCACUGUUGCAUUGUUCCUGUCCGCGAUGAAAACGGAAGCUUGUACCCAGGAGUGACGGCCGUUGAUAUGAUGUACAAAGAAGGCCUGCGUGGUGUGGAUAAUGGGAUUUUAAUAUUUCACGAGGUUCGGAUACCAAGGGAGAACCUUCUGGAUAAGUUUGGCUCUGUGGCUGCAGACGGGCGGUCCCCUUCCCCUAUUAAGAACAAGAGUGCAAGAUUCAACGGGAUGCUGGCAGCGCUGACCCCUUCAAGGUUAGCUGUGACUUUCCAAGCUAUGGGUGCCACGAAGCUUGGGCUGACGAUAGCCAUCCGCUGUAGUCACAGCCGGAGGCAGUUUGGGCCUAAAGCCAAGAAAGAAGUCAAGAUCAUUGAGCACCAAACACAGAUGCCUCACCUGAUGCCUCACCUGGCCACAGCCUUGGCCUUGACCUUUGCCAGCAGUUCUGCCGGGGGCCUCCUGGACAAGGACGUCUUCCGUGGGAAGGAGCUCGUGGACAGUCGCCCCUUGCAGGCUCUGGUGGCGGGGUUGAAGGCCUACAGUACGUGGGAGAACGUCAGCUGCCUGCAGGACUGCCCCGAGUGCUCAGGAGGCAUGGGUUACAUGAUGGAAAACCGAAUCUCAGGCCUCAAAUGUGACACGGAUGUGUUUGUAACUUUUGAAGGUGACAAUGUUGUUAUGCUGCAGGUUGUGGUGCGGGAACUGCUGGCUCGAUAUACCAAACAGCAUCAAGAGAAGCCACUCUCCCCCGUGUUCCAAGACUGGGCUGAGUCUGGGAGUGACAAGCUGAGAACCAGUUUCUUGGCAUUUGAUGUGGACACAGUCGGUAAUCUCGCCUUUCCGUUGAAAGCAGUGAAUUUUCGCAAAAGGGCUCUUCGCCGGAGUUUGGUGGCCAGAAUUCAUUACAAGGUGACGAGCAAGAAGGAGGACUUGUUCAGUGCCUGGAACUCGUGUCUUCGUCAUGUUGCCUCCCUGUCUCUGGCGCGCAUUCGCAGAGUUACUCUAGAGCAGUUCUGGCUGGCAGUGAGGAGCUGUCCUGAGCAAGAGGACCAGGCUUUGUUAAUGAAGUUUUGUCUGUUAUAUGGAACCAAGCUGGUGUUUCAGGAGCGAGCCUGGUAUCUAGAACAUAAAUAUUUGACUCCCACGGCCAGCACGAGGAUUAGGAGUCAGUUACUGGAUUUGUGCGACUCGGUGAAGGAUGAUGCCCUGAGGGUGAUCUCCGCCUUUAACAUUCCACACACCUCCCUCCAUGCACCAAUCGCCGGGAUCACCAAUGCGCAGGCGGCCUGGGCCUUCUACCCUGCACCGCCACAACCCCAGGCCCGAGAAGGGGCGCGCUCUCGGCGGCCCAAGCUGGGAGCCAAGUUAUAG